AUGGGCAGAUUGUACAACAUGAGGUUGAAUGGACAACAAUGGGGAAAUCAUAUUUGUCCAGAGAUAAGGGAUAAGGCUAGUACAAGUGAACCUGAACAACAUGAUGAGAUUGAAUUGACUCCAGUUCAGGUGGAUACUAAUCAAAAUGAUUUCCAGGCUACUCCUAAUGAUUCUGAAUCUAAUAGUUCAGGGGGUUAUGGUCAGUAUAUGCAAGUGACUCCUCCUAGAAGUUAUAAAGCUGAAGAAUUUGUUGGUGAGGAUGUUGAGGUUGAAAAUGCUGAAGGUGGUCAGGGUCAAGCUAAUGGUGUGGUUGAAGAUGGUCAGGGUCAAGCUAAUGGUGUGGUUGAUGAUGGUCAGGAUCAAGCUAAUGGUGUGGUUGAAGAUGGUCAGGGUCAAGCUAAUGGUGUGUUUGAAGAUGGUCAGGGUAUAGUUAAUGUUCUGGUUGAGGAAGCCUUUAAGGUUCCUAAUGUGCAAGUACAGCAGGUUAGACCAAUUUCAGAUAUUUUGAAGAGUAUAAGGAGAAUAAAGUUAGAGAGAAUAUUGAAGAUCAAAUUAGAAAAGUCAGUUGGUGGUGUUCAUGAUCUAGGAAAUUCCAAGGGAAAAGCUCUUAUAAUUGAUUAG